AUGACUGCUCUGUAUCGCGCCUCCGCGAUUACUUCCUUUUGCUCCGAGGAUCACACGGGCCGCGAUUCCGGGUAUCAUCAUCUAGCGCCCAGUGAUUCUUCCCAGUCACCUUCCGAGUCCAGAGAACGAGGCAGAACGGAAACAUCAUCGUCAGGUUAUAAACCCGAGUUCCCGGACAAUCAAGAGAAGACUAUAACGCUGAACGAGGGCGAAUCGAAAGUUGUCAACGUCACGGCGCGCGGCAACCCCAGCGCCAUCACGUACAAAUGGAAAAAGGGCAAAGGAAAAUUCACGAAAACUAGCUCUGCAAUCGUUGACGGUCCUUUGCUGGAGUUCAAAAACAUCACUCGUGACGACGCUGGCACAUACACUUGCACAGCGGAAAAUUCUAAUGGAAAGACUUCCAGGAAAAUCAAGAUCGACGUCAAUUACCCGCCGACAAUAGAAAAGGUGGAAGAGACGCUGCUGUUUCCGGAAAACGCCCCGGAGGCGAAAUUGAUAUGCGCCGGGACUGCGAACCCUGUUAAGGAGUCCAUGAUUUCCUGGACCCGCGACGAUUACGAUCUCGCAGCGCGCGGGAAAUUCACGACCGAAAUCCGGGCGCGAACAAAGGAAUUCGUCAGCACGCUGACGAUAUACAACCUGAAGCGCGACGACACCGGAGUUUUCUACUGCCUCGCCAAGAACAGCAUCGGUGACGAGGUGAAGGAGUCACGGAAGCUACUCGUCGAAUACGGCCCUGUCAUGGAUACGACGCCGCAAUUCCAGAAGGCCGCUUCGGACAUCGGCUUCCCCGUCACUUUGAAGUGCCGAGCAACCGGUGCUCCGUCCAUCUCUUUCAUAUGGCAGCGGGAGGGUGAGAAGCUCAAUCCUGGCGAUAUGUACUCCAUCGAAACCAAGAAGCUCGCCGAUGAUCUCAUAACAUGGGACACGGAACUGACAAUCGGCAAAGUGCGGAAAGAGGACUUCGGCUCGUACACUUGCCACGGUCGGAACAGCGUGGGCGACAGCGUGACAUCAAUUUAUCUAAACCGAACGUCGGCCCCGGACGCCGCGCGGACUUUGGAAGCCGCCGAUGUGACGCACGAAUCAAUCACCGUCAAAUGGGAGCCAGGCUUCGACGGCGGCUUUCGGCAAAGUUUCGUACUCAAAUACCGAAGCCCCGAGCAAUCCAUCUACACGUUCGCAGAGGUGAACGGGACAGAGUACACGGUUUUCGGGCUCAAACCCAACCAGAAGUACUACUUCGACAUUAAAGCCAGAAAUAUCAAGGGCGACAGCGAGUUCCUCGGAGAAAUCAGCGCGACAACGAGAGGAUAUUCUCCAUCGCCCGUCGGACCGCCCAUCCCUUCAGAACCAUCACAAACGGAGAUGUCACAGUUACUUGUCGUCGCGAUCAUCGUUGGUGUCGUAGUUCUGGUCGCAAUCAACAUAUCCCUCGUCAGUUGCGUCAUCAAUCGUCGCAGACGACCUCACGCACACAAGCAAGCGCCCAGCGAAUACGGUGGCAGAAGGAACCCGGCGAUCCAAAUGUACACCAGCUCCUACGAGACGUACCCGACGGAACGGACUGGGGACACAGUGAGCUUCACUUCCGAAAAAAGCCAGACGUCAGCGACGACUGACAACACGAUAGCUGCAAAACGGACGUAUUUGCUCGACGAUGGCGAGGUGGCGCCACAUUACAGCGCACCAACCACGAGAAUGGCACAAACACUGCCUCACGUGGUACCUAUGUCAAGAUUCGCGACGGAACGUGAACCACGCCGCCACGAUGAUGAUAAUCAAUAUCUGGACAUGUCCGGACAGCUCAAUUCUCUUCCAGUAUAUGCGAAUGGCUUCCACAAUGGUACCCUUGGAUUGCAGUCAAUCCUUCGAGGACGACACUUGUCUGAUGCGGAAGACGAACGACCGGCAGAGAGAAGGCCAGUGCACUUGGGAACCCUGCCGCGGUCCAUGGGUUCGACCAAGAACUUCGAAUGGCGUGACAUCGACGGAACACAAAUGCAACGAGACCGACUCAUGAGUUUCCCGUCAAGGAACCAGUUCUCGCCCGUAGUCGGCAGCCCCGUGAUGUCCACGUUCCAGAGGCCCUUCCGACCUGAAGAAUUUGUCCACCGCCAGUUCAUCUGACUCCGUUUUUUUUGUUUUUUGUUUUGCUUUGCCCGAAAGAAGAACUAUUGAUCGUCUCAGUGAAGAGCUUAUUUGUGAUCUGAUAUUUUUGUUCGCUCCUGUUGUGUCGCCAAGUCUCAUGUUGCAGAUUUUUUGAUCAAAUGUUACUUCGUAUUGUUGUAUGUACUCUCUCGCCCUCUUUGACAAGAGCCAUUUGCGUGAUUAUUUUGUAUUUGCCAUCAAAAAUGCUGUAAGCAGAAAUAAUAGCUCUUUUUCGACUUA